AUGCCGAGUCGAUUGAUAUUCAUAACGACAUCACUCUUCCUCACUCACUUAUCUGUUGGCAUUCAUGCUAACAUUCCAUCCUCUGUCUCAUCUCCGGCUCCGAUAAGACACCAACCCGCUGGUCAUUCGCUCGACAUCCCAGCCCGAAACAGCGUUCUAGCCAGUGAUCUCGAAGAGAUCAUUCUGAAUGGCCCCAAUGAGCAAAAGGCCCGCGAGUGGAAUCUCCACUAUACCUCCGAGCCACAUUGGCUGGGUCAAGGAGAAUCUCUCGCCAAAUGGCGGGAAUUUGGAGUUGAGAACACCACCAUCAAGUCAUAUCCAGUCCCAAAAUCGCCCAGCAUACCGUCGUAUCAAAGGCUCGCUUUACUCGAGAGGAAGCCUGGGGACGCCGACGGCCAAAAUGACACAGAGUUAUUCAUCGCUAGCUUGAACGAAGGUUCGACCUUCGUGAACCCCAUCAGUGGAAAAAUCAUCAGCACUCCUCAAUUCUUCUCCAGUACGCCAAGCGCAAAUGUUACGGCACCCUUUGUGUUCGUGAAUUUUGGUCUGGAUUCAGACUACGAUGACCUCCAACAAUCAAAUAUCGAUGUGAGUGGUAAGAUCGGGAUUAUGAAACAAGGUUCCUUGACUGUCGGGCCCGCCCUGUCUAAAGCACAGGAGAGAGGCUUGGUGGGCUUGAUAUUUUAUCUCGAUCCGGAGUUUGACGCAAACGUCGCCGAAGCACAUGGCUACCUGCCGUUCCCUGAAGGCCCGGCUAGGGCACCAGGUAGCAUUGUGCGGCGAGGCAUUGACGCUCCAGAUCCAUUACUAAAGAUUCCCACCAUUCCAAUCUCAUAUUCCGAGGCCCUCCCAUUUCUCAAGGCUCUCAAUGGCCAUGGACCACAGGCAAGCGAGAUCGGCACCACUUGGCAGGGAGGGCAGCUAGGAUAUCUCGGGGUCAAUUACAAUGUUGGACCAUCACCGGACGGCUUGAUGAUUAACCUGGUGAACAUCAUGCAGACUUCAAACGUCUCUGUAUACAACGUGAUCGGGACGAUCAAGGGCGAGACUGAAGACGAAGUGAUUGUCCUAGGAAACCAUCGUGAUGCGUGGGGUGCUGGUGCCGGUGAUCCAAAUAGUGGUUCUGCGGCACUAAACGAAGUCAUCCGUACCCUUGGUACCGCUAUGAAGAAAGGCUGGAAGCCAUUCAGAACCCUGAUAUUUGCCAGUUGGGAUGGCAAGGAGCCAAGCAGCUGGGGAGCUGCCCUUUGGGUAAAGGAUAAUCUUCCCUGGCUGUCUGAAGCGGCUGUCGCUUAUCUUGAAAUCGAGACUGCUGCAACUGGCACAGAGAUCUUCACCAAAGCCAGUCCACUUCUACGCGACGUCAUCUAUUCGGCUGCUGCGAAGGUUCUCUCCCCUGACCAGAGUAAGCCGGGACAGAGUGUCUUGGAUGUAUGGGGUGGUCAUAUAGAACCGGAAGGUGGAGGAGACACUAAUAUAUUCGUUAGCAAUGGCAUUGCCUCCCUCAAUCUUGGCUUUGCUCCUGGUCCAACGGAUCCUGUCUUCCACUGGCACUCGGACUUUGACGAUAUACAGUGGAUGGACAACUUUGGGGAUCCAACCUAUGAGUAUCAUACUGCAAGUGCUAAACUAUGGGCGCUGACUGCAACACAAUUGGCCGACGAGCCGGUCCUUCCCUUCAAUGCUACGGCAUACCCUGUUUCACUGGGCAGUUAUUUAAACGAGCUGAAGGUCACCUUGGAAGAGGCGUCAUCAGACGAAGCCUAUCAGCAAGGGCAAGAUUCCUGUACUGUCAAUCUGCAACCAUUGGAAGACGCUAUUGCAGAGCUACACCAGGUGGCUGUUCAAUUUGACACGAACGCAGCAGACCUUGCAGCGAGGCUGAACCAAAAGAAUACGACCAUCACGGCUUCAACCUACCAGGAAGAUAAGACGAUCCAAGAUAUUAACCGAAAGUACAGAACAUUUGAGGGGCAAUUCGUGGUUCCACCAGCUAGUCCAGGAGCAAGAGCACAGCACGUUGUGUAUCCGCGAACCUCGUACAGAACUAUUCUACCUACUUUUCCUAGUAUCACGAAGAACGUGACAAACGGUAAUUGGUGCGAUGCAGAGGUAAUUUCUUUCUCGCCCUCUCAGAAAAGGAGAUGA